AUGGUUGGGAGAUUUCCACUGUGGAAAUCUGCCUGCAGGCUGAUCAACUCCCUGCACUCCUACUGCUUCUCCUCUCGCCAAAGCAAGAGCCAGGUGUGCUGCCUGCUUGAGCAGGUGGAAAAGAAGAACGGCGAGCUCAAGAGCCUGCGCCAACGCGUCAGCCGCUCUGACAGCCAGGUGCGCCAGCUGCGGGAGAAGCUGGAUGAGCUGCGCAGACUCAGCCUCCCCUACCUGAGCGGCCUGCCACCCCCUAGCCGCGAGCCUCCCAAGAUGAACCCAGUGGUGGAGCCACUGUCCUGGAUGCUGGGCACGUGGCUGUCAGACCCACCAGGGGCCGGGACCUUCCCGACACUGCAGCCUUUCCAGUACCUGGAGGAGGCACACAUCUCCCAUGUUGGCCAGCCCAUGCUGAACUUCUCGUUCAACUCCUUCCACCCAGACACGCACAAGCCAAUGCACAGGGAGUGUGGUUUCAUCCGCCUCAAGCCUGACACCAACAAGGUGGCCUUCGUCAGUGCACAGAACACAGGCAUCGUGGAGGUGGAGGAGGGCGAGGUGAAUGGGCAGGAGCUGUGCAUCGCAUCCCACUCCAUUGCCAGGAUCUCCUUUGCAAAGGAUCCACAUGUGGAGCAGAUUACCCGGAAAUUCAGGCUGAAUUCUGAAGGCAAACUUGAGCAGACGGUUUCCAUGGCAACCACUACACAGCCCAUGACUCAGCAUCUCCACGUCACCUACAAGAAGGUGAUCCCUUGACCUAGGCCAGAGCUGGCUCAAGUGUGGUUCACACGUUCCUGUAACGGCAUAGAAAACCAAAUAAAAGGCCUUUAUUUAAAAAAAAAAAAAACA